AUGCCUUCUGAUUUUGCAAAGCUAGGGCUUUUCUCCAAAGCAAUUGGCCAGCAAACGGACUUGGAGUGUGUUCAACAAAUAUCCACAGCGAUUCAACGAAGUGAUGACCCUGGUGAAGCUUUAUUGGCCUUUGCGCAAGUAUUUGAAGACAGAAUAAGCAAGCGGUAUUUACAGGUCACAGGCAAACGGAUUCCCCCCCAAUAUCUGGGUAGAUGUAGGGGCAAGCUGGUCAAUCUCCCCCGUGCAGCGAUUCAAGCAUCUUCGGUUGCUAACCUGGCUUCGGACAGAGUCGUAUUAAAGAAGCGCCUCAGGGUACUUGAUUGGGUGAAGGAGCUUUUGCAUUUGAUAGGCAAGGGCGUCUCCUGGGAACAGCAGUGGGUUCUUUGGGGCAAAAUUCUGGGAUCCACUGGCUUUAAGCCGUCUUUCUCGGAGUGGAUCAUCGCAGAAGAAAUUAUGCAGUAUGUUCCAUUAGACUUUCCAUCUUUGCAGUGGUUGCAAGAGCUGUUGGAAAAUUUGCAAGUAGAAGCGAUGCGAUGGAAGCAGCUGGUUUGUAAGCAGCAGUCACAAUCCUGGAAAAAUGCAUUGUCUGAUGAUUGGGCAAAAGGUCGAAGUACAAUGGACUGUGCUUUUGAACUGCAAAGUUUCCUGGAGUAUUCCAUGGGAUCGGAGUCAGAAUUGGUAGGACUGGCGCUUGACUUGAGCAAAGCCUACAAUACGAUUCAACGAAGUUUCCUGAAACUUGUUGCGCAGAGAUGUGGGUGGCCUGCGCAGCUCAUUUCCUCGUAUGUUUCUUUCCUGGAUGGUUUGGAGAGGAGAGCUUUCCACAGAAACCCUGGAAUUGUGGCACACCGCUGGGAAGCGGCUUUAGUUUGUGCUAGAAGCAGUGGUCCUUUUCGAUACUUCCAAGAUCUGUUGAAAAUGGUCGGCUGGGAACCAUGCCAGGGGUUGCUGAUACGGACAUCUGCAAACACGUUGCAUGUGGCCUUUAGUGACGUAGAGGCGUUCCGAGAGCAAGCGCUUGCAGAUUGGUUUCAGUAUGUGGCAUGUAGCCUUCAGAACAAGAAAGGUUUCGAAGAGCUUGCGUCGAUUGACUUUGGAUUGUCGUCUAAGCUCAGGCGCUCUUCAGGAGUGCCACUUAGUGCUCUGGGCAAUUUCACAUCCGGGGCGGCGCUUACAACCGGACAGAAAAAACAUUUUCUUGCUGUUGGCGAUUCGUUGUGCAAACAUUGCGGAGCAGAAGAUACCCAACGACAUAGGUUGGUUGAAUGUCCGGGUACGCAGUCAGCGCGAGAUCAGAUUGACACAGUGGCCUUGAAGACAUUGCCGUGUUUGCAGUUGGAAAAAAUGCUUUUCAAGCAGCCCUUGGCGAUUGCAGAAUGGCAUAAGUACACACAGUCGUUGAAGCUUGAAACCUUUUAUGAGUUUUUCGAUCGUCGGGUAUGUCUUUUUACCGAUGGGUCCACGUACAAUGGUGCAGAGAUUCCACGAUGUACCUGGUCGGUUGUCCUAGCAGACCCUGAAAAGCUGGAAGCAGCCAUCUACGAGGUGGGACAACUUCCAGGUAGGCAGACAAAUUUUCGCGCGGAACUUUACGCUGUAGCAGUGGCCAUCCAGUGUGCUCCUGGUGCAUGGAUCUUUUCCGAUGCGUUGGGUGUGGUGCGAGGUGUCAAAAGGCUCCUGGCAGAAGGUUGGUCAGAAGCAUUCUGGAGUAAACAGAAAAACCUCGGCCUUUGGCGUUUCUUAUGGGCAAGUUUGCAAUCGAAGCUUCAUUUUGAGUGGCAAAUUGUUCAUGUGGAAUCGCACAGGGACUUUCGUAUGCAGGACACGCCUUUUGCAGCAUGGACGGCCUAUUACAAUGAACAAGCAGAUGAGGCUGCAAAGGCAGUACAAAGGGAUCAGACGCAGCCUGGUUUUCGUCUUCACUUGUUGGCUCAGCAAGCGUAUAUGCGUUUACACGGUACAGCAAAGCAAGUCGCGAACCUGCAGUCCAAUCUUUUGCAACUUAGCAGGGGCACUCACUCAAAGCAGCUACAAUCUGUGCCUGUGGUUCCUGAAAGGCAGUUGCAUGUCGAGGUUGGUGCAGUCAUUGACAUCCACUGGCCUGACAAAGCUGGUGUGUUGCUAUAUCGCCGAUAA